AUGUCUGCGGACAACACUAUGCGCGCGGUGGUUUUCCGCGGCCCUUAUAAGGUCGCUGUUGAGGAGCGCCCCGUGCCUCGGAUUCAGGAUGCGGGUGAUAUUGUGGUUAAGGUGACUUACACGGCGCUUUGUGGGAGUGACCUCCAUGUGUACCGUGGCAUUGAGCCUUCAGGGACAGGCUAUGUCAUGGGCCAUGAAGUUACUGGUGUGGUUGUUGAGACGGGAGAUGCUGUGCAGUCUGUCCAGAAGGGGGAUAAGGUCGUGAGCGCUUUUACGACAUCUUGCGGGAAGUGCUACUACUGCAAACAAGGAUACUCAUCCCGUUGCGAACAGAACAUGCUCCUGGGUUGCGACCAUCUGGAUGGUGCUCAGGCCGAAUAUAUUAGAAUCCCCAAUGCGGAUGGAUCAGUCGUUAAAGCCCCUGAGGGCGUCGACGAGAAGUACCUUGUCCUCAUGGCGGAUAUCUUCCCGACUGGCUACUUCGCGGCGCGGAAUGCAUUCAAGAACUCCACUAAGGAGCAAAUCGCCGAGCAGACGGUUGUCCUCAUCGGCUGCGGGCCAGUUGGGCUCUGUGCAUUGAUCAAUGCGCUGGAGUACAAGCCUAAGCAUUUACUGGCGGUUGACUCCGUUCCCGCGCGUCUGGAACUAGCCAGGUCGCUGGGAGCUGAGCCCUGGAACUUCCAGACUGACCGGAAAGGCCUCGAUAAGCGCGUCCUGGAGUUGACGGAGGGACGUGGUGCUGAUGCUGUCAUUGAGGUGGUGGGAUUGAGUCCGGCGCUGAAGACCGGUUAUGACCUGCUGCGGCCGUUUGGCACCAUCAGCAGCGUUGGUGUGCACAAUGGAGAGAUCCCGUGGAAUGGCUGUGAGGCCUAUGGAAAGAACCUCACGGUCCAGAUGGGCCGGUGCCCUGUGCGGUCCGUUUCGGAAGAGGCGUUGGAAGUUUUGAAGAAGAACCAGCACCGUCUUGGCUUCAUGGCCGACAAGAUCAUGCCCCUUUCGCAGGCGGUUGAGGCGUAUGAGAUUUUCAACGCCAUGAAGGUGCAAAAGGUGAUUUUCGAGGCGGAUAAAUAG